UGUAAAUAACCAAGAAAUUACUUCAUUUAUCUUUUGACGUGAGACACGCAGAGAUUGCAGUAUUAACUUCAUAAAUGACAAUGACUUCACUUUCUUCUGAAUCGAUGGCCAAUGUGCUUUUCCAGGGGGAGAAACCGGCACAGGCUCCAGCGACAGAUGUCAAUAAUAUCUCCCUUGGUAUAAAGAAACCCAAACGAGUUAUCCAUUUCAGCGAUGGUGUCGUGGAGGAGUAUAGCUCUGAUGAAGAAGAUGGACCUAAUAAUGCCAAAGUAGUACCAGCUGUUGACCCUAAAACGCUGACAUGGGGUCCAUAUCUUUGGUAUUAUACAGUUGCAGCAUCAACAAAGACACUGGGAGUAUGUGAUUUUCUUGGUGAGAGGUUAGCUUACUUUCUUGGCAUCACUUCACCAAAGUACCAGUAUGCCAUCAACGAGUACAACAGAUUAGAAGAAGAUAUGAAUUCCCAUGUGUGGUGGCCCUCCCCAACCCCCAGAUUUCUUUGAAGAAAGAUGGGUUCGUGAAACCUGAUGAUUUCUGAUUCAUUUUCUGUUUUCCACUUGUGUCUGGAAUGGGAGACUGUUUUGGAUGCUAGGUGGCAGCAGACUUACCAGGUUAAUCCAUUGUUUUUUGGAAAUGUACGCAUGGUAAGACUGCUGACACUAUGUGCCUGUUUUUAUCACUCCGCUUGUUAAGACAUUUUGGAAGUAAACCUGAGCCAAUCGCAGGAUCAUUGUUUGAGAAUUUUUUUUUAUACUUUUGAAGUAUAUAUUUAUUUAAGUUUAGGUAGGAAUGGAAACUCUGCAUGUUGGAAAUCCAAUCGAAGGUAGCUGAAUGAGAGUGGAAGAGUUAGGUUGGCCGUGAAAAGAGUAAAUGAUGUACUCAUAUAACAACAUGAUGUUUUGAAUGGUACAUUUGAAUCAUUCUGCCAUGGUGCUGACUUUGUGUAGGUAUAGUUUUUUAUUUGUACAGUUUUUGUUUGAUUGGCCAAC